UAAGCAAGGUAAGCUUCUUUGAAGAAAACUGGAAUAAGUGACAAUAAUGAAAGAGAAUUCGGUUGAGAAAUUAAGUUUAUUAUGGAAAAAAUUUAGGACAUAAGAAAGAGGUACAAAAAAUGUUUAUGACUACAAAUAUGCAACCUAAUUAUUUUGAACUUUUUUGCCUAACAAGAUAAUAACCUUCGUUUUUAAGUUGUAGGGAUAAUAUUAGUUAAUAUCCAGUGAUGGGGACUUUUGAGGGCUUUGAACCAAGCAAGUAAAUAUCUCCCUGACCUUUCCACAAAGCUACAAAUCUUCUUUGGGUUUGUAUAAUUUAUCCAGUACUAAAAUCGAAGGAAAAAAAGAAACGAAAAAAAAGGAUAAAAGAAAAAAAAAGAUGCUUGAUUGCAGAACCUCUCUUACUACUCAUCACUUGUUCCUACCAAAACCUCUCAAAACCCACCAUCCGAUCAAAUCCAGAUCAAACUUCAGAUGUUGCACUCUAAAGGGAAAGAAAGAAGUAGAGACAAGAGACUACUACCAGCUCCUUGGUGUCUCCGUUGAUUCUACUCCCAAGGAGAUCAAGGAGGCUUAUAGGAAACUUCAAAAGAAAUACCAUCCUGAUAUCGCCGGCGAAAAGGGUCAUGAAUACACAUUAAUGCUUAAUGAAGCAUACCAUGCACUGAUAAAGCAGGACCUAAGAAGAAGAUAUGAUAUCUCCAGCGGCAAAAAGAGAGAAGGGUUUGAAUCCAAGUUCUCUGGCUCGGGCUAUAGCUCAUGGAAUGGACCAAUAAGACCCCAGGCUCUCUUUGUAGAUGAAAGCAAAUGCAUUGGAUGCAGGGAAUGCGUGCACCAUGCAAGCAACACAUUUGCUAUGGAUGAAUCUCUUGGAUGUGCCCGAGUCAGAAUUCAAUUUGGAGAUAUUGACAAGCAAAUCGACGUUUCGAUUGAAUCGUGUCCUACCAAUUGCAUCCAUUGGGUGGAGACGGAAGAGCUCCCGUUGCUCGAGUUUCUAACACGCCCACAGCCUAAAGAGGCUCACGGCGUUUUUGGAGGAGGCUGGGAGAGGCCGAGAGAUGUCUUCGCUGCCGUCAAAUCUUUCAACAAGCAACUGAAGCGGCAAGAAGAACGGAAUGCCCAAGCACAUAAAUAUAGGUCAGAAGCUGUGGAAGAGGAGACACCCGCCCAAGCUCAAGCAAGAUUUGAAGCCAGUUUGAAAUUAAGGUGGGAGUUCGCAAUACAGAACUGGUUAAGGGAAUUCUUUGGCUCAAAGAAAAACUGAGGAGGGUCAAGAGAAAAAUUAUGUUGCCUUUUACAUUAUAGAUAGAAGCGUCUUUGUGCGUCCCAAUGAUACGUACCCAAGACUAGAGGACUACUAAUUUCAGUGUGAAUAUCAAAAAGCUUGAGUUAAGAGUUAUUUU